AGAUGGCGCUUUCACAGUUUUUGCACCAAGUUUGUUAGUGCUCUUUUUUGAGCAAAAAUAGGCAGUCAAGAGUAUUUUCACAAUUUGUGGAAAAAUAAACAAACAGUAUCGUGCACUGAAAAAUAAUAAAGUUUUAAUUGUUUUCAUCUCCAAUAUGACAACGGGUGAAUCAAUAUGUAUGAAAUCACCAAAUUCAAAAGAAAACAGAUUGCUGAAAGUGGAGCCGAAUAUUGAAGUAUCUGAUGUAAAGCAAAAAACCUCUUCGGAUCUGAUGUAUUGUGAAUAUGUCGAUACAAGUGGUUCAGCGAGAGUGAGUAAAUUAUUUGAGAAGAAAAAGGAAAAACCUGUUAUGGUAUCAUAUGGAGAAAGUCCUUUCUAUAAGAAAUACUCUGAUCUACUAACAGAGUUGGAGAAAUCUAAAGAUGUACUUCCAUCUGAAGGGGACGAUCAGUUACCUGUAGUUGAAAUGGAGGUGUUUAUUAAACAAAGCAUUGAGGAUGAUUCAGAUAGUAAUGAUGCUGAUGGAAGUAAAAUUAUUUUUUGUGGGGAGAAAGAUGAUAGUACAACUGAUGAAGAUACUAGUGAGUCUGAAAAGGAAGAUGAUACUGUUUUAACAAAGAUGAAUGAAAAGAUGCAAAUCAUAAGUAAGGAAAAUAAACUCUGUAUAGAACAUGAAGAAACAAAUAAUAGUGAUUCUUCAAGGUUUAAUUCUCCUGCAGGUGAGAGUGUUUCUGACAAAAACAAUCAUAGCAAUUAAAUUUUGACUCAACGCCAGAGAAAUAAUGUCAGAGAAAGAUGCCAUGUUGUGUAAUACUUUGUACAUUGUAAAUAAAAUAAAAUUGCAUUUUAUCCCAGUCCAAAUAAAAUUUUUAUAUUCUUCA